AUUUGCAACUAACCAGCAACGUAGGUAGACAGUGAGAUAGAAACGGACUAGACUAUAUUAAAAUAUACGUGUCGUUACCUUUUUUUAUAUUUUUUCCCCAAACUUUUUUCUUUUUUUGCCAAGGAAGUAAUAUACCUGGGCACUUGGCUGCAGUUUGAAAAAUAGGGAAAUAUUUCAAAUAUUGAAAUAUAUAUUAUUAUUACUAUUUUCAAAAAAGCAGGGAGGGAGAAAGAACAAAUAGAAAACAGGAAAAGCACUAGAGAAAAAAUAAAUUGCGACGGAAUAACUGACGUUUGGUUGGUGAAGAAUGCGUUUUGAAAAGGGAACGGAGGUGCUUGUAUGUUUAUAGGUUCUCUGUCUCUCUCUAUUUCCUCCAAACCAAAGACAGAAUCGUGCCGUGUUUUUGCUUUCCAGCAAACGAGCAAGGUCGCUGCUCGAUUCCUUGUGCGCACCCGACAAGCUAAUAAUACAGUUCUAUUGCACCUUGCAUAUUCACUGAUAACACUUUUGCGUUAACUUCCUCCGUCCGACCUCAAAAAUGAAUUACCUCCGUCGACGGCUCUCGGACAGCAGCUUCAUGUCCAACCUGCCCAACGGUUACAUGAGUGACUUGCAGCGGCCGGACCCUCCACAGCCCAGCCCGGCAGUGUCGCCCGGGCCCCCAGAGCGCCGUCAGUCGACGAGUCAAUCCGCCGGAGCCGGCUUCUUUUCUUCCAUCUCCAACGCUGUCAAGCAGACCACCGCGGCGGCAGCGGCAACGUUGAGCGAAGCUGCUAUUGGUGGCACCGGUCCAGCCCGCAGCAAGAUACUGCUCGCCAUCGAUGACCAACAGACCGACUGGGCCAGAUUCUUCAAAGGAAAGAAAGUCCACGGGGAAUUCGAUAUCAAAGUGGAGCAGGCUGAGUUUUCUGAAAUUAACCUGGUGGCCCAUGCUACUGGAAACUAUAGUGUGGACAUUGAAGCCAUUAGAAAUGGGACCAAAAUUACCAAGUCUUUCCGACCGGACUUUGUGCUUGUCAGGCAGCACGCUUUCAGCAUGGCAAAGAACGGAGACUUCCGGAAUAUCGUCAUAGGGUUGCAGUACGCUGGGCUGCCCGGAGUCAACUCACUUCACUCUGUCUAUAACUUCUGUGACAAGCCUUGGGUGUUUUCUCAGAUGACAAGACUGUACAAGAAGUUUGGUCACGAGGAGUUCCCGUUGAUUGAGCAGGUCUACUACCCUAACCACAAGGAGAUGAUCACUACCCCAAAGUUUCCAGUCGUGGUAAAGAUGGGUCACGCUCAUUCUGGAAUGGGGAAGGUGAAGGUAGACAAUCAGUAUGAUUUCCAGGACAUUGCCAGUGUGGUCGCCCUGACAAAGACCUACGCCACUUCGGAACCCUUCAUUGAUGCCAAGUACGACGUUCGCAUCCAGAAGAUCGGCAACAACUACAAGGCGUACAUGAGAACUUCAAUGUCUGGUAAUUGGAAAACCAACACAGGGUCGGCAAUGCUGGAGCAAGUCGCCAUGUCCGACAAAUACAGGCAGUGGGUAGACGCCUGCGCAGACGUCUUUGGGGGCCUUGAUAUGUGUGCAGUGGAGGCUCUCCAUGGCAAGGAUGGCAAAGAUUACAUCAUCGAGGUGGUUGGCUGCUCCAUGCCUCUCAUCGGAGAGCACCAAGAUGAAGACCGGACCCUCAUCGCAGAACUGGUGCUGAGCAAGAUGAACCAGACCCUGUCCAAGACUUCCCUCCCCUCCCCAGUCCAGCCAGCUCAGCCCCAGCCCCCAGUGCAGCAGGCAGUCUCCCCACAGCCCUCGCAGGCACAGACUCGGUCAGUCCCAGGGUCUCAGCAAGGACCCCCAGCUCAACAGCGCCCCUCUCCUCAAGGUGGCCCCCAACAGCCUCCCUUUGGCCCUCAAGUAGCACGCCAGGGGCCCCCCUCCCAGCAAAGACCCUCCCCUCAAGGCCAACCGAUCCAGGGUCUGAGUCCGGCAGCCUUGAACCAGCCCCCCUCACAGCAGCAACACCGAGCCCCCAGCCCCAGCUCCCAGCACCCUCCCUCUCAGCUCCCACCCCAGCAACAGAGGCAGCCCAGCCCCGGGGGGCAGGCAGGGGGGCACCCGAUAGCAACCCAGCAGCGACAGCCAGGCCCCGGGGCCCAGCAGCCCCAGCAGAGGCCCCCGUCAGCUCAGAGCUCCCCCCAGCGCAGUCUCAGCGGCUCCCCUCAGAUGCAGAGACAACCACAGCAGCCACAGCAGCAGCAGCAGCAGCAGCAGCCACAGCCCCAGCAAAGACCAGGCCCCAUGCCCAAGCCUGCAGUCUCCCAGCAGCAGAGGCCCCCGCAGCAGAGGCCUCCGCAGCAGAGGCUACCUGGCCAAGGAGCCCCCCAGACCCCUUCCCAGCAGCAACGGCCGGCCUCCCAGGGCCCUCCUCCGCAAGGCAGGCCCCUGCCACCCACCACCCAGCAGCCCAGGCCCUCCGCACAGGGGGGCCCUCAGGGGGGAGCAGGGGGCCGCCCGCCCAUGCAGCAGAAGCCUCAGCCUCCCGUGAAACCCAGCCAGGAUCAGAGCAUGGGAAUACCACCCCAGCAGCAGCACCCCCAGCUCAACAAAUCCCAGUCUCUUACCAAUGCCUUCAACAUUCCAGAACCUUUGGCGGCUCCCCGUUCAACCCUUAGCCACGACGAGGAGAAAGCAGAGACCAUCCGGAACCUGCGCAAGUCCUUCGUGAGCCUCUUCUCAACGGAUUGACCCCCCAAAACACAAACUAACCCCCCCCCCCCCUCCGACUGAGAAACCAUCCACAACCUCCGCGAGCCUCUUCUCAAUAGAGUGACCCCCAAAACACAAACUAACCCCCACC